AUGGCUGAAAAGGAAAAAACUCCACUUAUUACUCCUUUUACCAUUGCUGCUAGAGAAAAAAGCAAGCAACAAAUAUCAAGUAUUAAUUCUGGAGAUUCUUCAAGCAAUAAAUCAGAACUCUGGAUUUAUUAUGUAAUAGUAAUAAUUUGCACAAUUUUAAAAGAAGGUACUCAAGCAAAUUAUAUGUUUUAUCAUUGGUGCCAAGAAGCAAGCAAACAAAAUAGCUUUACUUCUGGCUAUAAAUACUUUAAAUUGCAAUCUUUAACUCAACAUAUUGCAAAUAAAGAUUAUCAAUCUGUUGUUGCAGCUCAUUCAAUGGAAACUUAA